AAAAGAAUCCGAUCCAUGGAUAAAAAACCACGUAAACUUCGAUAACUGUUUCAUAAUGGGACUCGGCGCAGGAGCUAACAUCGCCUACUUCGCGGCUCUACGUACACUCGACCUCGAUCUCUCACCUGUGAAAAUCCAAGGGCUGAUAUUAAACUCUCCGUUAUUCGGUGGGGUCCAGAGAACAAAAUCCGAUCUUCGUUUUUUCGACGAUCAUAUACUACCCUUACCGGUGGUUGAUCUCAUGUGGAGCCUCGCUUUGCCUGAGGGUGCAGAUCGCGACCACGUGUACUGUAAUCCGACGGUUGCGGAUGAGGUUUAUGGUGAGAAGAUCGGACGGUUGCCGAGGUGUUUGGUUAGUGGGUACGAUGGGGUUCCUCCUCAACCGAAUUCUCUUGUGAGAUACUGUGGGGAUCCGUUGGUGGAUAAACAAAGGGAGUUGGUGAAGAUUUUGAAGGCACGUGGGGUGCACGUGGUGGAGUGUAUUAGGAAAGAUGGGUUUCAUGCUAUGGAAGUGUUUGAACCUUUUAUGCCAAAUGAACGUGCUUUGGUUGAGGAUGUUAAGAAGUUUGUAGGUAGUUGAUAAGCUUCUCUAUGACUCUUUCAAUGAGGAUGCAUGUCUGUUUUCUUUUCCUAAGUUAUUAUUGCUUGAAUAAUAAUAAUAAAAUUAUGGGCAUUAUAUUGUUGUAA